UGGUCCAUGGUCGCACGGACCAAGUUUUGAGAGCAGCAGGGGGUACCCUCCGGACGGCACUCCUUUCAGUGAGGGGAUGAGGGAACGCCGACUGUCCCACGACUAGUCUCAGCCCCCGUUCAUCACUUCAGGGAGCAUGCCUUCAGUUCCACCUUACCCUUCUCCACUUCCCGUGACGGAGGGCCAGGGUGCCAGGAAUGAGCCGAGAUGUCCCCCUGGCAAGUCCCAACUCAAGUUCUCCAUUCUACCCCUUCAGUUCACCAGCCCAGAGGAGACCUCUUCCAGAGCCCAGCAGUACAGCAAAAAGAAGAAAGGGAUCGGGGCAUGGUGGGCUUCCAGUCUACUCUCCUAGCAGUUCAGAUGAAUUCAACCGUGCGUCCCCUAGCUACACGUCUCCCAAACCGUCGGGUAUGUACGGGGAGGAGUACUUUAGCGGCGCACACAGCUCUCCCGACCCCUGGGGUACCGGGGGCGUCCCGUCAGCAUAUCCUUCCAUCUUGACAUCAACAAGUUCACACAUACCUCCCGCGCCCGGUGCACCCUUCAGCAGUAUUCACCACAAUCCAGACUCGAUGGGCUACGGCCCUCCAAGUCUUCCACCCAUGAACACUUUCCGUGGCUCCAGUCUCAGCCACAACUCCAGCUCCCCCUUCGUCAGCAUGUCUUCAGUCAACAGCAGUGAUUCCGUGGUCCCCUCGAGCGUCUCCGCGUCGGGAAGCACCGCCGUGACCUCGCAGUCCAGCGACGCGCUCGGGAAGGCCCUUGCCUCCAUCUACUCGGAGCCCACCAGCAGCAGCUUCCCUUCCAACCCGUCAACGCCAGCCGGCCCGGGGUCUCCGCCGGCGCUGACCGGCCCCACCGGCCAGUGGUCCAGACCGACCAGCAGGAAUCCGACCUCGCCGCCAGGUCAGCCAUUUGAAAGCCAUCUACACGCACUACAGAGCAGGGUGGAGGAGAGGUUAGACGACGCUAUCCACGUCCUACGAAACCAUGCUGCAACCGAGGAACCCCCGAUGGGGUCGGGAAGCUCCCUACACCCCAUGGGGGGCCUCCUAGCCCCCGCCAACGGAGGUCCGUUCGGUCCGCAGGGUCCCGAGUUCAGCCAGUCCGGGAUGAGUUCCCAUCUCAUGGGCCCGGGAGCGGUGUCCAGCAGCCUGCCAGGCAGCCAGUCCGUGCCUACCCAGAGCGUGACGUCAUCCACCGACCUGGGGAAGUCGCAGGAGCCAUUCCACACCCUGCAGGGCAGCGGGGUGGCGUCGGGGGACAGGGAAGGCGUCGUGAAGGUGGAGAAAGUGGAAACCAAGGAGAACGUGUCCAGGUCCGACGACAAGGCGAAGGAAGGAAAGGAGAAGGGCAAGGCCGUGCAGAACAGCAAGCCCAAGAAGAGCCGCCCGCCGUCGCAAUCCACACGGGACUCGUUUGUGAACUCGCCCACGUCCUCGCUGGACGAGGGCCCCAUCCCGGAAGACGAGACGCCCGAGGAACGAGAGAGGCGCGAGCGAGACCGCCGCGCCGCGAAUAACGCCCGGGAACGGCUGAGGGUACGCGACAUCAACGAGGCCUUCCGGGAGCUGGGCAGGAUGUGCUCCUUACACCUGAACACCGACAAGCCGCAGACCAAGCUCACCACGCUGCACCAGGCCGUGGAGGUCAUUACCGACCUGGAGCGACAAGUCCGCGAGCGCAACCUGAACCCGAAGGCGGCCUGCCUGAAGCGGCGAGAGGAGGAGAAGGUGGAGACCAGCCAGGCCCUGCAGGAACACGCGGUGGCGGCGGGCGCACCGGCUUCCACCGACCAGGCCUCCAUCACCGGUAUGCUGACAACCCUCAGUUCCCAGUUUAAAUAGGGCUAUCUGAUCCUCCCUCACACUAAGCCUGACCAUGACCAAACCUGUACUACUACUAGAACGCAGGCAAGUGGACCUGCCAGAAUUUGCAGAACAAAAAAUAUAGUCCGUAUUGGUCAUUUUGCAGUAGCACAACUGUCAGGGAAUCAAUCAGAAAGCCCUAUUUUUCUACAGAGAUGGACAACAGUGAAUGCAGAUAGCUCGUAAGAUUGGCAUGCACUUAAGAAAAAGUAUGACUGGAAGAAGAGACUAGGGCAGUGUAGCUUGUUCCCUAAGUUUGCAUGUAACGUAUGGCUACCAGCCUAACUCAUGUUGCACCUAAUGCUGUGUCACAAACAUUGACCACUUCUCCCUUGCCUUAGUGCAAAAAAACAAAACUUCGUCAGGACUGAUUCCACGUGUUCGGAGGAGGGUUUAUAUGACAACGUCAAUUCUGAAACAAAAUGUGAGAUUCAGUCAGGUACAGGUAAUCUCAUUACAACACAGAUAAUUACCUGGCUUUGUGCCCAUUGUUGUGCCCAUUGCCAGUUAGUCCUGCCCCAAGAGUGAACCUAAUUGGCCUUGAUAGGACCAACCCAGCAACCCUAACCUUUCCUCCACACUGGAAUCAGUCUGCUACGAAAACACCAUGUACAAAACAAAUGCAGUGAUAUUAUCAUUUCUCACCCAACCUCUGCAUUCUCCGAAAGCAACAUUACCGAGAAGUUUAGGGUUAGAAAUACGUUUUUAAAAAGUCACUAUAUAUAUUUGUAAAAUAUAUAAGAGGUAUUAUGAAUUAAUAACUAUGCUAUCAUGGAAAAUAGUGCUGGCUUAAAUUGUGGUGGAGAAUUUCUGGCAGUACGAGGUAGUUGUUGGCUUUAUAUAUGCUAGGUUUAGCGUCAAGCCUCCACGGUGAGAUAGGUUUUUGGUUUUUGGUGCUUUCUGAAAAUGUCCAGGUUGGCACUGCAUAGAAGAGAGGAUAUUUAAGAUCACUUUACUGAAAGAAAUAUUUGUAUGCUGGAGAUACGAAGUAUUCUACUGUGCGAGAAAGAGAAAGAGAGAUUUAGAACUGGGAGUUUGGUGCAGUGAGCUUGUCAGGUACCUAUCCCAGGGGAGAGUCAGGCAACAGCCUAAGUGCUGGGGGAACGUCCCAAAAGGAUGCGAUUUCAAGGACUUAGAUGUUUUUCGGCAAAGGUUGCAGUUUUAACAUUACAGUCACAGUUGCUAAAACGUCUCCUUUUUUCCCCACGAAAAUUUGUCCCAAGCUUGACUGUCCCUGGGCAGGGGUAAAAAAAAGCUCUUCUUUAGACCACAGUUGUUUAUCAUUGUGUAUAUAGACUUGGGGUUGAAGCAAUUUUUUGUUUGUUACGAGAAAGAAAAUGAACUUCCUUGUUAAGGGUUAGGAUAGCCAAUUUCUGCACAUCCGUGACCACUAAAACUGAAAGUGAGCAUAUUGCUAAUGUAUUCACAAAGGUGUAGUCAACAAGAGGUUUUUCUUCUGCAAUUUGCCUGAUCAUAUUUGCAAAAGACUGAUCGGUAAUGAAAACAUUUCAAGAAAGGGCAACGAUUUCUUUCAGGAAAGCUACAUUUGAACUUACCAGUAGUUAAUUUGGCUGUUAGAAGUUGGCAGACUGAAAUAUGACACCCUAUUUUGAGGGGCAGGAACUUUGGCCUGCUGACGGCAUUACCCUUACUUUGAUACUUCUGGACUCUCUCUGCACCAUUGCUUCCAAAUGAUGUCACCGCCAUUAGUUGAGGAUGAAUUAUUAGCAAUAUCGCUACACUCUGUGCCAUUAUUAUUUAUAGUGCUAACUCAUAGAUAAUUGGUAUACGCUGCCGUUUGAAAAGUGCCCAAUUAUUUUCGAGAAGCCAUGGCGUGAGCCCCGUUCUUGUUGGGUGCAUGUAUGGCGUUUCUGUCUGGGAAAUAUUCUUUUUUCCUUUUCCUUGCAAGGCUCCCGUGUGGUUUGUGACAUGCGAUGGGGUCCCACUUUUUAUGGCUUGUGCCUGUACUUAUGUUUCCCAUUAGCCAAGCUUGGGCCUGGCUUUAUUUGGGGUCAUUGUUUCCUUCUCGAGUUACCGAAAUCUCAGCCCUUCUUCAAGAUUUCAGCAAAGGAGAAGUCUGGCAGAUUUUUGUCAUUAGCUGGUAGCAGCGACAAUGCUGGCUAUAUGCUAAAGUGUGGAGCCUCCCGUGGUAAGGCUCUAUCUUAAACAAACACUCGAAGGCCAGGUGCAUUCGGUAAACAUCCCCUGUGCCCCCCUCGCAGGCUGCAGAUCUAUAAGCGUGCGACCCUUGGACUGUCACAACCGCGUUGGGAGAACACCACAAUAUCAGGCCAGGACAAACAAAAGGAAAGAAGGGCUUGAAAUAACAGCCUACUGUUGUCAGUAAGAAAAGGCAGCAUUUUUUUCCAGUGCGGCUCACCCAAAUUUAAACCUCUGGAAAAAAUAUACUGUAGUUAGCUUCUUUAUACUUACCAGUAUGGCAUGUGUUGUCAGCAGUUGAUUUUUUUGUUCUCAGUAUAACUACAAAGGUAUUAUGUUAUGGUAGUGUUAUAGUUUUUGUUUGACCAUGUGCAGUCGUUCUAUCACAAAGCCCUCCCCUCAAAACGACAUUCCCGCAAAAACAGUACUCUACAUGAGGGGACGAGACACUUGAUACGAAAAAAGUUUCAAUGUCAUUUAUUUUCAUCUAUAUUUUACUACAAUAAGGUAGUUAAGUAGAUAUAUUUUGAUAAAGAAUGUCAUAUUAAUGCCAGCUAGCAGGUAGAUGCUUUAAUCAUAGGUAGAGGUGAGAAUAUGGACAGGGUGGUGUUUUAAAAAACGGUGAUGUGGCAGUAAUAUAUGAUACACCCCACUGUUGUUCUACCAGCAAAGUCUCUAACAAAAAAUGUAAGCCUCUACACAGAGAGAGCUCGUGAUCAAGAGAAAAAAACAUGGACACAGAAAAAAAUGUAGCAAAGAAUGGAUUUUAUUACCAUUGCUAUGUUCUGUACAAAGGUAUGACAACAUGAUCUUGUGUCCUAUUGAAGCUUCUCUACCACACACGAAACUCGAUACAUGAAAGUUCUAGCGUAAACUAUCCGACUGAGAUUCCAGCACUGUUUUUGAAAUAUUCCAUGGAGAUCUCGCAUUUUGUAAUUUCUGUACAGUAAUAAUUGAAUAAGGGUUCGCAACCCUUCAUUCUACGACUUUUUAUUAUCAUAUCUAACCCGAACCUAGCAGGCAGAUUUGCUUAGUACAUUGACAAAAAUGUAUAGUAAAAAAAUGAACUAGCCUUGCAGGGUUGGUAGGCAGUUUUCUCCGCUUCUUUCUUGGUAGCCGGUGUAUUUAAGCUUUAUAUUGUACGCUUUCGUUCAAACUUACUUGACUAGCCUAGGUGGCCAUUUUUAUGUGGAAUUUCUACAAACAAUUAGUACCUGUACAAUGUAGUUAUACAUGACAAGGUAGUUCAUGUAGUAGUUAUAUUUUAUUUAACACUUUGUUACCUUUAUUGCCAAUGUUUUUACACUGACCAAUAUGUUGGGAGGACGAGGGUCUUUUAGAGGUUUGCCGGUAGGUGAUCAAAAGAAUAAGGAAAGCUUUGUGUUGCAGUUAUAAGGAGGGCCUCCUUCUGUCUUAUAAGUGGAAAUAGCAGAGAAAAGCAUCUCUGAUAAGUACUUUUCCUUUUUGUAUCAAAUCAGGUUGUCUGGCAACCCCCUUAGAGACCCUUGACCACUCAUCCCUCUAAACAACUACUAAGUCGGUAUAUGGUGGCAGUUGAUAUUCAUUGGUUGAUUGUUUUUUUCCAUCAUUCAAUAAAUUGUCCACCUUCUUGUACAUAGGCAUGGAUUUCCUA